ACUACGGCGCCUGCCAAGGGCUAAAAAGCUCCUUUCCGGGGGUGUGGCCUCGUAGAGUGGGCGGGGCUUGCAGUGCGCUACCCAGGGCAGGAGCCGCGUGCGGUGAGGUUCUCGCUGUUCGGGAGGUGGAAUCUGCUGCUCUUUGCAGGCGCGACUGCCAGCUUUCCUGCCACCAUCGCUGCACAGUGUGCCCAAGCCUCGAGACUUGGUGAGAAGCCUUGGUCCAUACUGCUGCUAUAGCUUCUCCUGAUGGCUGGCAAUAAAGGAAGAGGCCGUGCUGCCUAUACCUUUAAUAUCGAAGCUGUUGGAUUCAGCAGAGGGGAGAAGUUACCUGAUGUUGUGUUGAAGCCACCCCCGCUAUUUCCUGAUACAGAUUACAAGCCAGUGCCCCUGAAAACAGGAGAAGACGAGGACUACAUGCUGGCCUUGAAACAGGAGUUGAGGGAAACAGUGAAACGAUUGCCUUACUUUAUCGAAACACCCGAAGAAAAACAAGAUGAUAUUGAAAGGUAUAGCAAGCGAUACAUGAAGGUCUAUAAAGAAGAAUGGGAACCAGAUUGGAGAAGACUUCCAAGAGAGAUGAUGCCAAGGAAAAAGUGCAAAAAAGCGGAUCCAAAAUCCAAACCAGUCAAAGCCACAAACAAGGCUGCUUCCCUCAUGAACUCCGCAGAUGUGUUGAAGAAGAUCGAGGAACUGGAAAGGAGAGGCGAGGGUGAAAGGUCGGAUGAAGAAAACGACGAGAAAGAAGGGAGCAAAGAGAAAGAGAAAGAUGAGGAGGAGGAUGGCGAAGAAGAUGCAGAACAGGAGGAGUAUGAUGAAGAGGAACAAGAGGAGGAGAAUGACUACAUUAAUUCCUACUUCGACAACGGGGAUGAUUUUGUGGUAGACAGCGAUGACAACAUGGACGAAGCCACCUACUAGCCACGAAAGUCUCCAGAUAUUUUGCACAUACAGCUUUGAGCAUUUGGAUGGACUUGAUUUUGGAUAAGGAUUAAGUCCGUAUUUUCUGUUGUUCAGUGUUCUGUCUAACAAAUUCAUAUCCAACUCUUCAGAAUGACUUUGUGUUUACACCGUGUGACCUUACUCCAUUACCUGUGCCACAUCUCUGAUUAUGCGAUGCAGUCGUGGGGUUCUUUGGCUUUUGUUUGCUCUGGAUUUGAGUGUUUCUACAGAGAUUUAGCAUUAUUCGGUCUGCGUGUUCGGUUGAAAAAGGUCAUUCUGGCUCACCUGCUGACCGGUGGUAAUCGUGUAUUUCUAUUAAUACUGCACAUGGGGCACUUUAAAAACAGACUGACAAUGGUGUUUCUUACCCGAGACAUUCUGUUUCAUCAUGCUGUGACCUUGUAAACGUACCUGAGUUUUUAACAAUACAAACUUAGGAGAUGAGAGUUUUACUGAUAGAAAACAGGCUCUCGGCAAACACCAGUGACCUGGAUGAAGUCCAUUUCACUUACAUCUCAACCACAGCAAAGCCUGUCACAUGGGUGGAAGGUUAUCAGGGCUUGGCCUUGGGGAUAACUCCAAGCCAUAUAGUAUUCAGUGUGUGAAUUAAUAAUUCUACUGUAAUAAGUCUGACAUUUUCAACUUGGUGGGCCUAUGGGGGGAAAAACCCUGAGACAUACUGCUUAAUUCUGGACUUAAUUGGAAAUAAGUCCUAUAAUGGUGUGUGUGUGUGUGUGUGUGUGUGUGUGUGUUUGAAUAUGGUAAAGGGCUAUGCCCUCCCUUGUCUUUCACAAGAUUCAUAAACUUCAAGUAAAUUAUAUGUAAUCAUGUAAAAUGAACUCAGGUCAUUUUGAAAUUAUGAUUGAUUCUUCUUAUUUUAACUUACAGGGUGACUCCCCUGCAGUUUCAUAUUUUGCAGGAGAAAAUUUCCAGAACCUUUCACCUCGAGGGCUUUUUAACAUGCCAAAGAUUUACAUAGUGUACAUCUCAAAACUUAAAAUAUUAAAAGUACUUGCCUACAGGACAAAAAUCAUUUUUUCCCAUUGGGGAGACUUGUUACUCAUUAACCUCUGACCUGGAAACUGGAGCCCUGCUUUUUCUCUCAGGAUCAAGUGAUAUUAACUUAAGUUUGUGUGCCUUAGUUUAUCCACUUGUAAACAAUUUCCUAUAAAAAUUUAUAGGAAAAUUUGUAGUGUUUAGACACUAACCAGAAUUGACCAAAUAUGCUGUCUUUUAUGUUACAGAAACAAUCAUGUCUUAAGUUUUACUUUUGCUCUGUAAGAAAUUGUACUGUAGAAAGUGAAAUAGUUAUGAGAACAGUUUCCUGUUGAGUUAUAAUUUUCUAAUCUUGAAUCUGUGUUAGAAACCGUAGUUUAUUUGUGUGAGCUGGAGAAAUUCCAAAAUUGCUCUCUCAGGUAAAGGACUACUUUGAAUGGCAAUGCCUCCUCAGUACUUCCUGAUGGGUGUGAGGCCCAUCUUGACAGUGUAAUGCAGGUGACUUACCGCAGUUCCCAGGAGCUUAUAAAAAUGUGGUAAGAUUCUGAGUAGAAAACAAGUCUUGAAAGCUUCAAUGUGUUGGGAAACUUAUGUAAAGUUUUUAGUUACGGCAAAUGCUGUUAUUUGGGAAUAAAAAGUACUUUAUUCUCUAACAUUUGGUACCAGGGCCAAACAAGAUCCCAUUCAUAGACACUCUCUGGUUCUGUUUCCUUCCAUUAUUACAAACCCCGCACAUAACUCGUCAAAUCGGGGAGCUGCAUUGGCGGCGACGUCUUCCCUAGUUUCCAGUGUGUCUUCCCGGUGUGUUCCUGCCACCCAGAGGGAAGCUUUUGCACGGGAUCGACUCUGGAACCCCUCGCAUCUCUUUUAAGGGUAACCAUCCUCAUUUGAAAGAUCAGUUUACAAUUUUGAACAUACUAAUUUUGGGAAAAGAUGAGACAUUCCAGGCUGCUUGAUUACCAUAAGUCUUGUUCUCUUUAGCUGUAAGUCUAUGAAAUUACUUUGUAGAUAGCUUCCUAAUAGUUAGAUAAGAGUACUUACUGGGACUGGUGAUAAAGUAUCUUUAACAUUAUCACAAAUAAAACUAGUUGCUACGUGCUGAAUUUCUGUAUUUGUUUACACAUAUGAAGUGAAAAAAAAUAAAAUUUUGGCUUUGAAUACCAA